AUGUUGGAAUGGCAUACGCAUUCCUUUUUCUUGGAGGUCAAGCCACGUGCUGAGUUAGCAUCGCUUUUUGUUGACUGUCCAACUGAAGAUCCCAUGAACGAUGAGGGUGUAGAGCAUGAUGAAAAUAACAAAGAGAAUGAAUCCCUAAAUUUGGUUCGGAUAAGCGAACAUGGCGUCGAAAUAGGAAUCCCAGCUGCAUUAGCUGAAAAUAUGCAUUUGGAAAAGAAAUCACCAAGAUAUAGUGUGAAUAUCUCCAAUUUGACUCUUUAUCCGCAAUCUCUUUGUGCACCGACAUGGGCGGAUAAUCAUAGGCUAUUUAUGUGCAAGUUGCAUGUUGAAGCGGAUGGAUUACCUCUUGUUCCUAAGACGUUUCAUCGCCUUGCUAGUGAUAUCAGUGAUACUCAUGCUCUUCAAGAAUACUGCAAUGAAUCUGCUGGAGCCAGCGUUUCCUUAUCUUGCACCCAGUGCAAUCGACCGAUCUUGGAGAACAAAACUGGAGAGGUGGCUUUUACAUGUUUACCCAGCGAUGACUGGUUAGAAACAUCUCCAUCAGCAGAUUAUUACUGUCGGGAUACAUGUGGGGCAGGAUGUGAUCCGGAAAAACACGGUAGGAAGUUCGACAGUGCCGAUUCCGGUAACAUGCACUCCGACUGGUAUCCAACAGCAAAACGAUUUCUAGUCAGCCACUCCUAUGCUGGAAUAAACAAAGAUAUCUUGUCCGAACCCGAUAUGUGCCGUGAUGAUCGAGUCGUUUUAUGUAAAGGCUGUAAUUCAGAAUUAGGGCAUGUGAUGAAAACCAGCAGCAAGAUUGUGCUCUUUCAUCAUGCAGUCUGUACAUUUUCUGUAAAUUCCAAACCUUAUAUGCAGUCCAGGUUCCCUGACACCUCGGUUUUCUUUGCACAACUGGUUUUGUCUUCAUGUGAAGCGCAAUCUAGUCUGAAACUGGUAGUACGGUCACUGGACAAAACGCCACAUGUCUUGAUAUGGCUACUAGAUUCCUAUGUGGUGGCUGCUACUGGUGAGCUCCACGAGGAUGGUGAACAAGCUGAAAGUAUGUUCCAAAGGGGCUGACU